UCCAGUAGUAUAUGCUCUAAGGUAAACAGAGAUUUGUUCACGGGGAUUGGAGAAAUAGUAGUAAAAUAAGGUGCAACGUGUACGGGUUGUCAAAAUCGAACUUGAAAGUAGAACGAAAGUGCAGUAAACGAUUCAAAGAUGAUGAACGGGGACGGCGACAAAUCGUCGGAUUCCCAAUUUAUAUCUUUUCAAGAUUACUCACCAAUAAAUCGUUCCGCUGGUGGUGGACAGGCUCAGCUGGAUGUUGAUACACCCGACAAUCAGGGCUUCGUCGGAAUCCAGAAUGACAGUACGGGAAUCGGAAUGAUCGAGGACCUACAAGGAAUGCCGAACAAAAAUGACCAAGAACUGCAGCACAAUUUCUGGAGCAUCGAAUACUAUCAGAAAUUCUUCAAUGUCGACACUGACGACGUUGUGCAAAGGAUAAUCAGGUCCAUAAUACCGCGAGGGGGCGAGAAUUAUCUCGAAUCCCACAUCCGGCCAAAGCCUGAUCUUUACGGCCCGUUCUGGGUCUGUGUCACAUUGAUAUUUGCCAUAGCGAUUAGUGGGAAUAUGGCUAAUUACCUUCAGACAGCAAAUUCGCAGGGAUUUCACUGGCGGUAUGAUUUCCAUAUAGUUUCUUAUGCCGCUACCGCCAUUUUUAUGUACGCCUGGCUGUUACCCCUUGCACUUUGGGGCGCUCUGAAAUGGUCUACCAGCAAGCGAGAAGAUGACAACGAAUUAAUCGAGUCGAAUACUGCUCCUGGGAUCCUGGAACUCCUGUGCCUCUAUGGAUACUCCCUGAGCAUUUACAUACCCGUCGCCUUUCUGUGGACUAUACAGAUUGGUUGGCUACAAUGGACACUUGUCGCAAUCGCUGCAUUCAUGUCUGGUGGAGUGUUGUUGCGCUCUUUGUCACCAGUUAUAGCUGGUAAGCACAAAGCUAUUUAUGCCAUAGCAAUCCUAGGAAUGCAUUUCUUACUUGCUGCUGGUUUCAAGAUGUAUUUUUUCCACAAUCCACGAUCUACUCCUAGUGCCAGCCAAAUUAUCGAAGUUGUAACAACAGUUGCGUCAGUUGUUAAAGCAGUGAAUAACAGUUCGUCACCAACUUAGACUAGCUUUAAACUAUACUUAAUUCAAUUGUCAAUUACACACAAGAUUGUAUGAUAAACGUCUCAUUGAGUACAUCGACGUAGCAAAUUUCAAAAAAAAAAAAAAAAUUGAUUGCCCUUAUAUUACAUAUUAAUACCAUGUCAAGUAAUUAUUCGCUGUUCAAUUUAAAUAAGUGGUAUUGAUAAAUAAAUCAGCUACUAAUAUUGUAUAUGUAUGUUCCUGAUUAGUUGCAUAUAUAUGAUAGUAAUAUAUAAACGUGUUUGGACAAAAAAUCGAAUGUCAGUAGUAGGGUGGUUAAAAGAAAGUUAUUUUUUCCCGCUCGUACCUGCUCAAAUGUUCGUUUAUGAUAUAAAAAAAUCCUCCCAAAAGAUGAGAUACCGAAGUAAAAUCUUAACAGGUCGCUAUAUUAAUUUUUAUUUCCCAUUCACUUAACAUGGGAAAUUACACUCUUCGUUAAAAGUUAUAAUACUCGUAAACUAUUCGAUAUUUUUUAAAUUCAUGUAUAGAUCGUUGCAGCUGAUUUACGAGCUUUUCAAACCGCUAUAACAUAUCAUAGUCAUCAUCAUUAGAAUUCACAUUACAGUCAUCUGAAAACUACCAAUUUUUACCGCAAAGAGAAUCACCUUCAAGAUUCUAUCUAUGCAUGGAUUUCAAAAAUAUUGAAUAGUUUACGAAUAUUUUAAUUUUUAACGAAAAGUGAAAUUUUCUCAUGUUGAAUGAAAGGGAAAUUAAAAUUAAAGUAGUGACCUGUUAGACUGAGCUCAAGAGCUAAUCUUUCGAGAUCUUUUUUUCUAUGAAACACCAAUAUUAGAAGGGGGUAAAAGCGAAUAAAAUUUUAUUUUUUUCAACCACCCUAGUGAGUAGUCGUCUUGUUAUCCUCUUCUGAUAACUUCUCAUAUUUAUUUAUUUAUUUAUUUAUUUAUGUUAAUUAACGCAACUGCAAGCGAAUUCUUUAUAUCUAUAGGUAGUUUGACUCUACCCUAAAACCUCGAACUAUUGUUAAUGAACAAAGAUACCAUUUGUAUUACAAAUGAAACAAAUUUUUUAUUACAUCAUAUUCACAUGAAAAGCCUUUUUUUAACGCCAUGGGUAUUCAACAUUUUGUAUUUGUCAUUCAACAAAAUACAUUGUCCAAUCAAGCCUGCGCUAGCGUCUCACUGUUCCCGUCAGCCAAUUUGUACAAUAUGAUAAGCAUAAUAUGCAACCUUGUCAUCCACAAAAAGUGGGAUUUUUAACCAUAGUUCAAAAGAAUUUCAGAAUGCUGGUUUAUUAACACGUCCGAGUAAUACUUUAAAACGUUACGAGAGAAAACCGUUAUUUACAAUCAUUUAAAACUACGGUUUUUUGAUAGAAUCGAUUCGCGAGUGAUUACACGAUAAACAAUAUUUAGCGAUGCAACGGUGAUACA